AGAUCGUGCACUGCUUUGUAUGGUUUUCAAAUGAAAAAUUCAAAUUAUUAUUAAUCAGCUCAUAAAAUUAAUUUUUCAAAAUUGGCCUAAGUCACAAUCAAAGUGAAAAUAUUUUUUUUCCAGUGUCGUCUUUCUGUCGGUAUUAUGACUUAUGUAACGCUCGUAACGCCAUACGCUUUCGUCAAAUGACUGACCAAACGUCGUAUACAACAUUAUUUAACGAAUCGGUUUCAACGUCAUGUGAGCCAAAUUGUAAACACAGUUUUUUGUCUUUGCUAUUGUGAUAAAAUUUAAGUAAAUGUACUCCACUAAACUUAAAUCAAUCAGGUAACAUCGAAAUUGUUCACAAUCGGCGAUGGCAUCAGGCGACACAAACAAAACAGCUGUUGUACAGAAAUCGCGGUCAUUUGGAGCGGAAUUCAGAAAGUUCAUUUCGAGCCCCCAGUGCCCAGCCUCCGAUAUACCAGCAUCGACCAAGAAAGCACGAACCUUACAAGGACCAGGAGUAAAACUGCCAUGUGAAACUGAGAACGCAUCCGUGAACGAUUCUGCUGAAUCCAAACAGAACCAAACACACCGUGCAGUACUCCGCAACAUUGCCAACUCUCCAAAAACCAGACCAAAGGGAACAUCAUUCGACGCAAAUUCCCACCGAGGAUCCCAGGAUGCUAAGAGCAAAAAUAUACCGGCGCAGGUACUUCUAAAAAAUAUCUCCGUGGCACAUAAACAGGCCGUAGAUGUGCACAAAGAUAACCAGAACAUUUAUAAAGCGCCCCCUAAGCUUUCAUUGGGAAUGACAGCUGGAAUGAAGAUGCACCUGGGCAUCUCGAAGACGAGCAUCCGUUCAAACUCUUCUCGCGAAAUAUUCCAUGGUACUGGGAACGUUGGAGAAAAGAGAAACAUAUCUCGUGGAUCCAUGAGUAACUCAUAUGGCUCUAAUGGAUCAAAGAACACGAGUACAAUCAGAGCGCAUUCAUCAGCUGGUCAACACGUCAAGUCUGAUGACAACGGUUCUGCUCGUAAGCAUUCGGAGAUGAUCAAGCAAGUCAAACAUGCCACUCUGAACGUUUCAUCUGAUGAAUUGUGCAGAUCGGAUCACUCUACCUCUUUAUCGAGCUCCACUCAAACUGCAGUUUUCGAGUCAAUGACUAACGAGAUGUUUGAAGGUUUGUCUGGAAUCUCAAAACUCGAGCAACGACCGUACCUUCCACGUCAUUCCAUCUCUAUUCGUCCUAGUCUUGAUGAAUCAAGGGUGCAGAAGACUAUUGAAGCACAUUCUUCUUCUACUAGUCGAUAUGACAAUUCCAUUCAUCAUGGUUCUACUUUUCAUCCGAGUAAUCCGAAAGGUAAGCCUCUAAGAUUUGAUAUGAAAUACAAGUUUAAUGCGAAAUUUAAUCUUAAUUAUUAUUCAGCUGUGUUCAACGGUUCGAUGGGUACAAAAUUUCGGAAUAUGAACGAUCCCAGCAUACAGAUGAACAGCAAUCAAUCAAAGCAAUCUGUAUCAUUCAACGAAAGUUUCACCAAUCUGGAGGUAUCAUUCAGUCGUGUCAUAACAUCAACGCCAAAUCGAGUUUUCCCGAUUGAUUAUUCAAUCAAUUCUUCCACUCAACAUGAGGCAAUGGAUCUAACUGUGCCAAGUUGCGAACAAGCACUUUGCCUGGCCUUACCGAAAGCUACAUCACAGCAAGCAAUUCCCAUUUCACCACUGGACCUACGCGUAUCUAGGAAUGUUACUCCGUCUGAACAGGCCACUAUCGAGGCAUGUAGCGAGUUACCAACUGCUGUUCGACAUAAAUUGAAUGUUUACCAGGAUCAAAGCACAGCAUUUCCGCGCGAGGCAGAUCACGACGAUCUAGAUGGUUCAGCUGUGGAGUCUGAUUCAACCUCCAAAGAUGCUGACUGGCAUCCUGAUAAAAACGAUAUUGAAGAUAGCGAAGAUGAGGAUCCUGCUCGAUUGAUUCGUACACCUAAAGCAAAGUCCGAAGAUACUGACAGAGGUGACGAAGAUCUUGACAUCAACAGUGACUCUGAAGAAAGCAUAGAUGGAGAUCCUACAUGCCUAAAUGAUUUAACCAUUUAUGAAUACUUUGAAAAAUACCAAACAUUAGUCAGUGAAGAUGAAUUUGAGGAAAAUUCUGAUGGCGAAGACGAGAUCGAUAAACCACAAAAACGAGCAGCUAAUAAUCAUCCUUUACCGUCGAAGCGUUUAUGCCUUGGAUUGGGUGAAUCGAAUAUAUUGAACAACAACCGAGAUAACAACAUAAGCAUUCAAGGAACUGAUAACAUAGAAAAGGAAGCUGUACAAAUCAAAAUUUCUAAACAACAUAUGAGGAAUCGAAACAAGCGUAAUAAGGAGAAAGGUUUGGAAUAUCAACGUCGAGACGGUACAAUUGUUCCCGCUAGAUCGAUCAAACCAUCUUGCAACUGUAAACUUGAUUGUGGUAAAAAGUAUCCAGAUGCGACUCGGAGAAAGCUCUUAUCAAGUCUUCUACAAGUGAAAUCAUCAGGACAGAAUCAGUUCUUGGCCAGUCAUAUUUCUGUGACAAAAACAGCACGUCCUAAGGUGGUCAAUUCACGGCGGGCAUAUUCACGGAAGUACUAUCUACCAGCAAUUGAAGGACCGGUUAAGGUAUGCAAAGUUAUGUUCAUGGCGACCUUUGACAUACGUGACCGAAAAAUUCGAACUAUUGCUGCAAAAAAAUCCGCUGGUGGAGGAAUAGCUGCUGACGACGGAAGGUUGAAAAACGAAUCACGUCUGACCGUAUGUGCGGAGCAUAUGAAAUAUAUCAAGAAGCAUAUGUUAUCAUUCCCAGCAUACACAAGUCAUUAUGGUCGUGCAAAAUCGGACCGGCUGUACCUAUCCGGUGAUUUGAGCGUGACCAAAAUGCACCAAUUGUAUCAGGAACAAUGCAGUAUGGAUGGUCUCGCUCCGGUUUGCUACAAUACAUACCGAAUUAUAUUCAACACGAUGAACCUCUCUUUCCGUAAGCCAAAAAUAGAUACAUGUGAUAUCUGUGACAGGCUGCGUGUUCAGAUUAAAACGGAAGUAGAUGUUAUUGAGAAAAGAGCUUUGGAAAACCAGCAGGAAGACCAUCAACAGGCUGCUCAAAAAGUGUACGAAGAAAAGCGACGGGAUAUUCAACGAUCAAGAUCUGAUUCUACUGUUCGAGUGGUUUCCUUUGAUUUGCAGAAACAACUGCCCACACCAUAUCUAACGUGUGGAAGAACUUUUUACUCAAGGCAGCUCUAUACCUUGAAUCUCACAAUGUAUUUGAGCUGUUUGGGUGAAAACUCUGCCGCAUGCUACAUUUGGGAUGAAACGAAAGCCCGAAGAGGGUCCCAGGAGAUCGGAUCCUGCAUAAUGAAGGAUUUGUUAGGUAUCCCAUCAGGAAUCACUGAGGUGAUUUAUUAUAGUGAUAGGUGUGGCGGGCAGAAUUUGAACAAAAAUAUUGUAUUUAUGUUCAGCUACAUGAUUGAGUUGUUCGCGGAGCGUGGCCGGUCGCUUACAAUCUUGCACAAGUUUAUGAGGACCGGGCAUUCACAUAUGGAGGUAGACACAAUCCAUGCUGCGAUAGAGAGGACAAAAAGAAAAACUUCAAUUGAUAUCGAAACUCCAAGAGAUUGGGUGUUUUUGAUUGCAUCCGUUCGCAGAUCAAUACCUUUUAAGGUAUAUGAAAUGACUCAAGCUGAAUUUAAAUCAAUUAGUGAUCUGUCUAAGCGCUACCGAAUUCCUCAAAAUAAUGCAACCGGUGAACGUAUCAAAUUUAAAGAAAUUAUGGUGUUCAAGUACUCCACUGAUCAUCCUCGGAUUGUCGAAUAUAAGAAAGAUGUAUCAGAAAACUGUUUUCAAUCGAUGUCGCUUGCUACGGACGAUAAUCUCCCCAAUGCUGAUCAUAUUGUACUUAAUCCAAUCGAAGAUCAUCCUAUAAUGCUUCCAGAAGCAAAACUCAAAGAUUUGAAAAAUUUAAUGCCAUACAUCAAACAAAAGGAAUACUAUUCCGCAUUUUUGAAAACUCUCCAAGAACCUAAACGAGGCAGAAGGCCAAAAAAUCACAUAGAAGACCAUUUUGAAUCCGACAUUUACGAUAAACCUGGAAGUGACGAAGAAGAUAUUGACUGAACGCAUUCAUGAUUCGCUAUGUACGUUACAGCCAAGCAGGGUUCAAUAAGCUGAAAUUGACUGAUUGAUAUAUUAAAUAAAAAUUGAAUAUUGCUACUACAAAA